AUCUUCCAAACGUGGAUCAAAACAUGACAGGCGUAAAUCAUCUUCGACUUUAAGGCGACUUUGAUCCAGGCAGGGGCCAUUUCAGCAACACGCCGACUCAUCUUCAGCCACACAGACCGCCUACGCGGCGCAGUUUGCUUUGCACCUGUUUGUUUUUCCUCCGUAGAGACGAAUGUUUUGUUUAUCAUUCAGUGGGCUAUAUUAUGUGAAGAGUUUAUCUCCGUGAUUUCAUCCGUCGGAUUCUAAAGAGACUUCAAUCCUGUAAAGAUUAUGGAAUCUGCCGUUUGGCAGCUUUGAACGGAGCAAACAAACAACACCAAAAAAAAAAACAAAAAAAAAAAACAACAUCUGAACAGACAUGGAGGCGAUUUGGCUUUACCAGUUUCGGCUGAUUGUGAUUGGGGACUCAACUGUUGGAAAGUCGUGUUUAAUUAGGCGAUUUACAGAAGGCCGUUUCGCGCAGGUGUCGGACCCGACAGUCGGGGUCGAUUUUUUCUCCCGCCUGGUGGAGAUUGAACCCGGAAAACGCAUUAAACUGCAGAUCUGGGACACUGCAGGCCAGGAACGUUUCAGGUCUAUUACUCGAGCAUACUACCGUAACUCUGUGGGCGGCCUGCUGCUCUUCGACAUCACCAACCGCCGCUCUUUCCAGAACGUUCACGAGUGGCUAGAGGAGGCGCGCAGUCACGUGCAGCCCCACAGCAUCGUCUUCCUGCUAGUCGGGCACAAAUGUGAUCUGGAACCACAGCGCCAGGUGAGCCAGCAAGAGGCCGAGAAGCUUGCAGCCGCAUACGGUAUGCGCUACGUGGAGACUUCGGCACGUGACGCCAUAAACGUGGAGAGGGCUUUUACAGAGCUAACGCGGGAUAUAUUUGAGCUGGUCAAGAAUGGGGAGAUUAGCAUCCAGGAAGGCUGGGAGGGAGUGAAGAGCGGGUUCGUACCAAACGUGGUGCAUUCGUCAGAAGAAGUGACAAAGGGUGAUCGCCGGUGCUUCUGUUGAAUCCGCAAUCAUCACCUUGGUAUCUUAUCAAACGUUCAGGCCCUGAUGGACAAAUAAAAAAAUAAACGCUUCCUCCAAUUACAGGGUCAGUCUUCAGCUCCCUGAAUAUGUCAUCAUCACCCCUUUCCUGCCUGCUGAAUGCCUAAUCGAGUCCCAUCAUGCCCCGUUGCUUCACUUUUCUAUACUACAUUGCUUAUUUCCCUAUUCACUGAAAUCUGACUGCUGAGAACGGACGGUUAGUAAAUGACCAAUUGCAGAACUGAUACUGAAAAAAGCCCAGAACUGUAUCUGCACUUUAAUUGAAUCUGCACAUGAUGUAUUGAGCCACGAAAGAUAAAACAAAGACGUUCUGACUUUGAGUAUCUCGCACUUGGGUGUACAAUAGGAGAAAGAACUGAAUAACCAGAGUUUUCUUACUGAUUUCUGAGAUUAAUGCUGGGAUAGCCAUUUCUGUUGACUGAACAAGGAAGGGAGAAGAUAUACUGCAAUAUACUACAUGAAGAAUUUUCAAAAACACAUGACCUGACAUGUUUCUGACUGAUUUCCAACUAGAUUUUCAAUUAACUGAAGUGGAUGGAAAGGUGUCACUCAGAUGACGGCUCACCGUGUCACCCAAAAGGUUCAUUUGUAUGAUCGGAUGCAAAGACUCAUGAAGAACCACUGAAGGUACAUCCGAGAGCCCCGGUGCAUUGUUUUACAACCAUCUCACUCAUCACGCAUUACCACAAGAGGCCUCUGGUGCUCGCCAGAAUGAUGAAGAAACCUUAAUCUGUUGUACUUAUGUACAUCUUUUACACCUUUUAUCCCAAAGAGUGUUUCUGAUGUUACAGCUUGUGAUUGUACUAUCUAAUGUGAAAAAAGCAAGCUCUUCCUAGAACCCUAAUGAGGGCUCUCCUUGUACACAUUCGCUCAAGACAUCUGUAUCAAUAGAGCUUGCAUCGCCAUGUAUUUAACCAUUACUUUAUUCAUCUAAACCAUCUUUCCUUUUCUAAAAGACUAGCUCCUCACUGUCAUUCUCACCCCUAAAUAAAUAAUCCCAUAACCGCUUUCUCAAAUACGAAUGGAGAAGAUGUGUCAGUACUGUCCAUAACGUUGCACAAUUAGCCAUCUCU